AUGGACACGCUCCCGCCCCCGUCCGCAAGCCAGGCAUAUUGCCAUGUCUCCGCUCUGGAGUCUGGGGUGAUACACCUUCCAGACGAGAUGUUCAUGACGCCCGCCACCCCAGGCAGAGUCACAAUUGCCCCCUCGCUGUCAUUCCUCGUCAGGCAUUCCGAACGCCCUGAGAAGUUGGUAUUCGAUCUUGGUAUUCGGCGAGAUUGGGAGAAUAACCCCCCCAGGGUCGUGCAUUGGAUCCAGAAUGGGCAUAUGGUGGAGGUUAGGCAGAGUGUGGUGGAGUCGCUAGCCAAAGGAGGGCUCUCGCCUGACGACAUUGAUAUUGUCUGUCUCUCCCACUGCCACCAUGACCACGUCGGAGACCCCAGGCAAUUUCCCAGCAGCCAAUUCCUUGUUGGCGCGCAGGCGAAGGGACUAUUUCACCCAGGUUUUCCGGCGGAUACUAAGGCGCUACAUCACAAUAAUCUCCUCCCCGCCGACCGCACGACCUGGUUAGACCCCAGCGACUGGCCACCGUUGGGGCCCUUUCCCCGUGCGCUCGAUUUAUACGAAGACGGAAGCGUGUACGUCAUCGAUGCACCGGGGCACCUUCCGGGGCACCAAAACCUCUUAGUUCGGACGUCUCCAGACGGCGGGUGGUUGCUUAUGGUGGGAGACAGCGCACACAACUGGCGCCUUAUAACGGGUGAUGCUGAUGUCGCGAUGCACCCCGAUUGGCCGCAUGGAUGCGUUCACAACGACCCGAAACAGGCCGAUGAGCAUAUAAAGAGGAUCCGACGCAUGAUGAGGAUACCGAGGGUCCGAGUUAUCUUAGCCCAUGACGAGCCAUGGUACAGAGAGAAUGUGGGAGGAAGUGCAUUCUGGCCGGGGCAGAUUCCUUCGUUGUGA